AUGGCUUGGGGUCCAUUCCACUCCGAGCGUCUUGUCUACAGCAGCUACAGCCCAAAUGAACACGACGAAUUUUUCACUACCAGCCAAAGCGACCCAAACACCUUGAUAAACUCCUCGCCAUGCCUGCCAAGACCGGCAGACGCGAAGUAUCUUGAUAGUUUUCUGAAGCAACUUCUGGAGACUUCCAUCUUGUUCGUGGUAAUUCACAUAUGGCACGAGACAAGAGGUAGGGGCGAACCCAUCGGCAUGCUCUUCCUGACAGCUGCGAGUCCGGAGAUGACCCAUCAUCGAUUCUCAGAAUUGGGCAUUGAUAUUACAGCGGAAUAUCGGAGCCAAGGCUAUGGCAGGGAGGCAAUCCAGUGGGCCCUUGACUGGGGGUUUGCGACCGCUGGUCUUAACCGAGUUGAACUUAAUCUUCUGGGGUGGAAUCUCCGGCCAAUGAACCUGUAUGAGCGGAUAGGGUUCCGAGAAGAGGGUAGGAGACGACAGGUUUUCUUUAAGGAUGACCAGUGGUGGGAUGAAGUGCAUAUGGGGAUCUUGAAGCCCGAAUGGGAGAGUAAGCGUUUGGCAUCUACCCUGAUGGACCAGGAGCCAUCCCAGAUGGCUUACUCCCAGUGA